AACUGGCAGUGUCUUUCAAUUUUAAAAUUGAUUUUUGUAAUUGAUAACUUGACAGAAGCUAAUCAACAAUUUUGUUUUGGCUGGAUCACAAUGCCUUUUCUUCAUUACAACCAUUUUAGGAUGACCUAUCCUGAGAUAUCUACGCUAGAUGGGCAGUUAACUCUGCCGGGCAUCAAGACAGACAGCAACAACCAGGUGGAGAUAGAUUUUCUUUUCCCCAAUGGCAUUCUGAUUCCGCUGAAGGUCAACUACUUCUCACCCCUGGAUCAAAUAAAACAGAUCAUAUGGAGAGAGGUACAUAAUUAUCCAUUGGCCAACAAUUUGCUACAAGAAGAUGCUUACAGCUUUACAUUUAUCAACACUGUUGGAGAAAAGGAAGAAGUGCUUGAUGAAAGCCAAAAUUUGGAACAGUUGCAGCCCUUUAUGGGACUCUUCCAGUUGGUUAAAAAGAAGGGAGACACCAAAACAAAAACAUUGGACAAAAAAAUCAGCAAUCUCAUUGGCCAAGGGUUAUCCAAGCAAGAAUCAUUUCAAGCUGCUGAAAUUUUUGCAUUUAAGCAGCGGAUGACAGAUCUCUGCAAAGAGAUUGCUACUCAAAGAAGAUCUCAGACUGCGAUAGAGAAGUUCACGUGGCGCUACCCGCUUAGGCUGCGUAAAGAUCCGGCAUUACCUGAUGAGUUACAAGCCAGUAUUAUCAAGGGUUGCAUCGUCCUCGACAUAGGAUUUGCUGAGGAAGGGGUUUGCUACAAAUUGCAAGUUGACCACUUAAGUAAUCCAGAUGCAGCCAUCAAAAGAGCCUUGUCCAAGAAAAGUAAUGGAUCAGGUAGCCCUGUGGAUGACUCCGAGCUGUUCAUUCUCAAAGUGAUAGGGCAGGAGGAGUACUUGUAUGGAGAUUAUCCGCUUAUCCAGUUUAAAUAUGUGUACCAGUGUCUGGUAAAGAAAACGGCGCCCCAGUUUUGGAUGGUUCGCAAGGCUGCUCUACUUGAGUCCAACCCCCCAGUCCCACGACGACAGACCCUCGGUCCCAUGCACAGUCCCAUCGCAGACGUUGCCUCCUUUUGUCGAAGCCCUGACAGCAAUGUUAGUGUCUGGAAAAGUGAAUCUUUGUAUGCGAUUCAAAUAAAGGGAAUCUCUAAAAUUCAGUUGGCAGAUGGCUCAAAGAUCAAGAUCUAUGUGGGAAUCUAUCAUGGGGCAGAAUCCUUGUGUGAUGAAAAAGAAACAGAAGAUUUAACUAUCCAGGACAGUACCUGUAGUGCCAAGAUAGACAUCACCUUUGAUAUCCGUGUAGCUGACCUGCCACACUGUGCCCGCCUGUGUUUUGCUUUGUACACUUUUGGGGGCAACACUAAGAGAAAAGACCUUGCAGCUUGGGUGAACAUUCCUGUGUACGACUUCAAGCAGCGGCUUCAGCGUGGGGACAGGGAGCUGCCCAUGUGGCCACAGGAUCUUCUACAGCAACCAGAUGAGCAUUGCUACCCUUUAGGUGGUGUUGCCCUUAACACUUUGUGCCUUGACGCAACAUUUUUGAGGAUAAAUUUUCCAGAUGUAGACCAUAGUGGUAGUGCCUAUCUUAUCUACCCCUCGUAUGACAUGGUGUUGGAGUGUGCAUCCCAAAACAUGGAGCCAGAAGGUGCGCCAGGAUCACCUAACAUGAAAGUGAGCAAGUCACAUAUAGAACAAUUGACCCAAGCUCUGUACCAAGCUGAUCAGUUCUCUAACAUGAAAGUGAGCAAGUCACAUAUAGAACAACUGACCCAAGCUCUGUAUCAAGCUGAUCAGCUGUUUGAGCAGGACAAAGAACUUAUCUGGAUUCUGCGCUAUGAAGUUCGACAAAGGUUCCCUAACUCACUCUCCAAAGUCUUGCAGUCUGUUAGAUGGAACAAUUAUGUUGAUGUUGCUAAGAUGACAGCACUUCUGCAGACCUGGCCAAACCUCCCUGUUGACUAUGCGCUGGAGAUACUGGACUACGAGUACCCAGACCAUAAUGUCAGGGAAUUUGCUGUCAGGUGUUUGGAUGAGGAGCUGGGUGAUGAUGAUUUCUCCCAGUAUAUGUUACAGUUGGUCCAAGCUUUAAAAUUUGAGACUCAUCUCAUUUGUCCACUAGCAGAGCUCCUGUUGACCAGAGCACUCAAAAAUCAGCAUUUAGGUCACAAAUUGUUCUGGCUACUCAGGUCUGAACUUCACAACCCAGCUGUCACCACCCAGUACAGCCUGAUCCUAAAGAUUUACUUAAAGAACAAUCACGACCAUCUGUGUGUUCUCAUGAAACAACAAGAUGCCCUGAAAAAGCUUUCUGCUCUCAACUCUCUAAUUAAGGAGGGGAAAAUAGGCGAUGAGGCAAAAAGAGAAGAGGCUAAGGUCCUGAUGAUGAAGGUUCUAGAACAACCGACCUACAAGAAAUUUUUCUCAGACCUCUACAGCCCAUUGUCCCCUCUCUAUAAGAUGCAAGAACUGAAGGUAGAGAAAUGUACAUUUAUGAAUUCCAAAAAACGUCCACUUUGGCUGGUCUGGUCUAAUGCUGACAAUAUCGGCCCAGAUAUACAGAUCAUAUACAAGAAUGGUGAUGAUCUACGACAAGACAUGCUGACUUUACAAAUUCUUCAGGUCAUGGACAACAUCUGGCAAGCUGAAGGUUUAGAUUUUAGGAUGAAUCCUUACAUGUGCAUGGCCACUGACAGGGAACAAGGCAUGAUUGAGGUGGUUACACCAGCAGAAACCAUGGCCAACAUCCAGAAGUGGUACAAGAGUGCUUUUGACAAGAGGGCAUUGUUUGAAUGGCUCAAGGCCAAGCACCCAGAUGAAAAAAGUCUGAAUGCAGCAGUUGAAGAGUUCCUCAUGUCCUGUGCAGGGUACUGUGUAGCCACAUAUGUCCUUGGCAUUGGAGACAGACACAACGACAACAUCAUGAUGAAAACAUCAGGACAGAUGUUUCAUAUAGACUUUGGCCACUUCCUGGGCAACUUUAAGAGCAAGUUCCAUGUGAAGAGGGAGAGAGUUCCAUUUGUCCUCACUACCCACUUUGUUCAUCUUAUAACCAAGGGCAAUGCAGCCCCUGAUAACUUCAAAAGAUUUCGAACCAUGUGUGAGAAAGCCUACCUGAUCCUCCGGCAGAAAUUCUCGCUGUUGAUGUCCCUGUUCAUGAUGAUGUUGUCAGGUGGCAUCCCUCAGCUGACCAGCCCCAAAGAUGUCAACUACCUGCGGGAGACCUUGGUUCCCCAUCUCUCCGAGGCCGAUGCCCGGGCCCAUUUCAGGCACAAUUUCGAUGAAGCCCUUCAGGGCUCUUGGAAAACCAGUCUUAACUUUUGGUUUCACAUGAAAGCCAAGUAAAAAACAAAUUAUUUAGCUUUGGUCUUUAAACUUAAGGCAGCCUCAGUUAUUAUUAAAUAAAAAUUAUAACUUGUAUGUUAGCAUUGUCAUUAACACAAACUGCAGUCAAUUUUUUUUUUAAAUCUAUGUCACUAAAAGCUGUUACCUUUUUUAAAAGUCCCAAACAAUUUGAUUGCAUACAUUUUAUUAGUUAAUGGUCUUGGGAUGAGAAAUUUGUUAAUCAAGCUUCAAAAUACAACAUGUCUAUAAGUUUUUUCUUUUUGAAAUUUAAUGUUGCUUUUAUUAAGAGAGUUCAUGUUGUUAUAAAUCCCAACCUUUAAAAAAAAAAGUUUUAAUAAUUCUUAAAAAUGAUUCAGUAUUCUAAGAUUUCAUUAAAACGUGCCUUUAAACUUAUUUAUAUGGUGUUUUUUUUAAGCUAAAAUUUUUUCCUCUAUGCAAAAAAGUAUAUAUAUAUUUUAUAGAUUUCCAUUCCAUUUACCCAGUAUCUUUCGUCCACUGUUGAUUAAAGUUUAUUUUUAUUAUAAACAUGUAAGAUCAAAACAAUGUGUUCAAGUUUGUUUACUUGUGCAUUUGUACAUUAUGUGCAUUUUUUUAAGGUUUAAUUUUUUUAGUUUGUAAUUUUUUUUUAUUUACAAGACAGUAAAAAUGCAUUAUUCAACAUAGUUGUUAAUUAAUUAUAAUCAGCUAACUUGUAAAGUAAUUGACAGUAAAUGACAGUAAUUAUUGUAGAUUGAAGGGAGGUAAUGUAAAUGCCAUUUCAUGUAGAUUGAGUCAGGACUUAAUGUCGCUUAAAUUAUCAAAUAUAUUUAAAUAUUUGUCUAAAUGUAUUGCAUAACUUAAGUAUAUCCUAGUCAUUUAAACAUUCAAAUUUUUAUAAUAACAUACAAAUAUUUUUUUUGCCAAAAAUGAUCAGAAAAACCUGUAGAUUUUUUCCUUGCUAGUUUUAUUCAACUCUCCAGCUUUUGCUUGGCAUUAACUAGUCGUAUUUUUCAUUUUUUUGAGUGUUUAUUCCAAAUUUAAUUUUCAGCCAGAGCAUUUUUUAAUAAAAUGUUUUGCCUAAUAUUAAGAUUACACAAAGAAUGGUAGCAUUGUGAUGAUUUAUACUGAAUAGUAUGGGACUUAAUUUACAAGCACCUUUUUAUUUGUUUUUUUAAAUAGAAUUUAAAAAUAUUUCAUAAUUGUUCAUAUAGGUCACAAAAAUGGAAUGUUCAUGUGAUUGUUAAAAAAAUUAAUACCCUCAUAAUCCAGCUUUUAUUUUAAGAAACAAACAUACAAGGCUGGAGAGGUUCAUAUAUUUACACCCUGUUCGGAUGUCCAUCUCAAGUUGUUGGUGUAGGCCUACUCAAGAGAGGUUCAAAUAUUUACUCUAUUCAGAUGUCUAAUGACUUUGUAAUCUCAUCUGUUUGUUGAUGUAGGCCUACUCAAGAGAGGUUCAAAUAUUUACACUAUUCAGAUGUUUAAUGACUUUGUAAUCUCAUCUGUUUGUUGAUGUAGGCCUACUCAAGAUAGUUUAAAAACCAAGUGUUCAUUUUAGGUUAGGUCAUGUUUGCCUGUUGUCCCUCCUGGGACAUAGGCUGCUGAAAAGGGCUUUCCAGGCGUCUCUGUCCUGGGCUAGUCUCUCCAACUGUCCCCAGGCUUAUCCAAUCUUCUUGGUGUCUUCUUCCAGGUCAAGUGUUCAUUUUAACUAUGUGAAAAUCAUUCUAAUAAUUAAAAUUCCAGUUAUUUUUCUAAUUAAUUUUAAAACCAGUGUUUUUCCAGUUAUUGUAUAGUAAGGAUGUUACAUCUUUUUGUAAUUAACUUGUGAAUAAAAAUGUAAAUUAUCCAAAAAAUUAGAACCACACUAGUUUACUGCUUGCUUUAAUAUUUACAGUCUGCAAGUGAUCUAACUAUUAGCCUUGUCCAGUCUGUAGUCUUCCAUUUUGUUCACCAAAGUCAUGUCUUGCAAUUCUUUGUUCAUUUUUUCCUAGGCAUUCAUUGUUUAACUCUAGCUAAACAAACUGGUGAUAAAACAUAUCUAGACAAACUCAAUUCAUUUUAUGUCUAAUAUUUUUAUUCUUUCAUUGAGAUUAAUUUUUGUAGUCUUAAUUACACAUCAGGAAUUAAUAUAUAUGCUUGCUAUGUAAAUUAAAAAUAUGGAGUGCCUUUUGUAACAAAUCUGACCUUUAGCUUUACAAAUGUAUCUUAAUUUUUGUAUAACUUUGUAUCAUUCUUACUUAAAUGUCAUUUCUCUUUUUAUGCAAACUUUUCUCCCUCCCUACCUUGUUACCAAUGUCAUCAUAAAAAAGUCCUCUUGUAUAAUUACCAUAAUUCUAACUGCAAUAAUUAAAAAUGCUCAAUGGAUCAGUUCCUUAACUACGAGUAAAAAAUCACAUUAAACUUAAUGUUUUAGGGAAUACAAUGUUAAAAUUAUCACAUAAUUAAUUAAUUUAAUUAUAGUGGUUGUAGUGCUUAAUGUUAUUCUAAUGAAGUAAAGCUGUAACUGUUAUGACAUAUCACUUACAAUUUUAGUACUACAAUUUUAGUACUAUAUACUCAUGCUCAGGGACAGUGUGGUCAAAUGGUAGAGCACUUGUCUUCUAGCCCGUAGUUUGGAUCUCUGUUCGGGCUUGUGACAGCAGGACAUCUCGGAGUCCACCCAGCUCCAAUGGGUACCUGACUUGGCAUUGGUGAAAGUAAAGGUGGCUGGGCAUAUUGCCACACUUUUUCUUUAUAUGCCAAAAACAUGAAUUCUACUUCAUCUGCUCAAUGGAUCGCUAGAUCUAAAGAGGAACUUCACUUGCUUUAUACUCAUGCAAAGAGAGGGCUUAUGUGAUGUUGGCUCAGCCUUGUUAAGAGAUUAAUAACUUCAAUUUAGUUUUUACCCCCUUGUAACUUCACAGUUAGUUUUUGUGUUCAGUACUACAGUUAAGUUCACUAAAUUUUGUGAUAAAAUAUGUAAUAGUUUUUGUGUUCAAUACUACUAAUUACAUCUCUGUGUACUGCACUUAAAAUUAUUUUUCUUUAAAACUGACUCUAGCUAACAUUCCCAACACUUUACACUGUCUUCAUUGUUAUCAGCUGUUGAUCCUUAAUCUUAGGAAGAAAGCACUAUUGGCAUUUAAAAUAAGGAUUACAAACUUUUUUAUACCAGUGAACUCAUUCCUGUAUAAUCAAAUGUUUUUUCAUUGGUUUGUUUUAUAAUUUAUGUUGAAUCUCUUUAAGAUGUAAUUAAAAUCUGUCAAAACAUUUCAGCAUUUAACUUGUUCAAAUACUGUAUUUUAUGAAAAAUUAUACAUGAAUUAUUGCAUGAUUGAUGUACCUUAUAUUUGACAAUCUUUGUAGAAAAAAAUAUACAUUGUUAUUAUGAUAGUCUUUCUGUGUAAAAUAUAAGUAAAAAAUUCUAUGGUUAUA